AUGAUCCGAAAAGCGUCGCGACGGCAGAUUCGAAAAGCGUCGCUGACGGCAAACCAGGCGAUGCUUCUGGAUCGGGUUUGGUGGUACCCACUACCCGAGACACCCGAGACGCAGGGACUGGUGGUGGCGCUCGUGUACCUGGUGGUAACCAUCCUUUUCCAGCACUUCUACUUCACGCCUGACUCGCCUGUGAGUGCCUCCCAGCGGACCCAACAGCUGCUGGAGCCAAACGCGCCUUUGGCUGUUUAUCCUGGCCGGAUUGGGACGGGCGUGCAUCUGCUUCGUGGCCUUGCCUGCUUCUACCCACUCGCCCGUGCACAUCCACUUCUACCCACUCGCCCGUGCACAUCCACUUGUACCCACUCGCCCGUGCACAUCCACUUCUACGCCCCCUCUCCCAGUGCCUGGCUGCUGGAGUACAAUGCAGCGCUCGCGUGCAUCUGCUACAUGGCCUUCCUGGGCUUCAUCGACGAUGUGCUCGACAUCCCCUGGCGCGUGUCAGUGCUGCUGGGGGGUGCUGCUGGGGGACGUCUCACAAACACUCUUCUUUCACGUGGCUACCUCGUCCUUUACCGCACUGCCUCUCCGAUCCUCUUUGCCUGCCCUCGCCGCACCACCAUUGCCACCCCCAAGCCACGUGGUUGCUCCCUCCGAAGCCCCAUGCUUGUCUCUCUCCUUCCCCCCCUUCUCCCCCGCAGCAAGCUCAUUCUCCCCGCAGCAAGCUCAUUCUCCCCGCAAUCGCCGCGCUGCCUCUCCUCAUGGCCUACUCCACCCACACCACCAUCAUCAUGCUGUUUCCCGCCCCAUCCCACCCCUUCCCACCCCUUUCCCGCCCUUCCCGCCCCUUCCUGCCCCUUCCCGCCCCUUCCUGCCCCUUGCCGUCCCUUCCUGCCCCUUCACGCCCCUUCCUGCCCCUUCCCGCCCCUUCCCGCCCCUUCCCACCCCUUCCCAUCCCUUCCCGCCCCUUCCCGCCCCGUUCCCGCCCCUUCUCGCCUUCUGUCCCGCCCCCACCUCCUUUCCCUCUCCUCUGCAGGAAACUCAUUCUCCGUUCCAUCGCGGCCCUCCCUCUCCUCAUGGCCUAUUCAGGCCACACCACCAUCGUCAUCCCCAAGCCAAGUGUUCGUCGGUCCCUUCCAAUCCCUUGCCCCGUGCUUCUCCCUCCCUCCCUGCCCCCUUCUCCCCUGCAGCAAGCUCAUUCUGCCGUCUAUAGCGGCCCUGCCUCUCCUGAUGGCCUAUUCAGGCCACACCACCAUCGUCAUCCCCAAGCCGCUGCGGCCGCUGCUGGCAGGGCUGGCAGGCGAGGAGGUGGCCGUGUGGGACCUGGGCGUGCUGUACAAGGUCUACAUGGGCAUGCUCGUCGUCUUCUGCUCUAAUUCCAUCAACAUUCUCGCGGGAGUGAACGGGUUGGAAGCUGGGCAGACUGCUGUGAUCGCUGCUGCGGUGAGUGUGGUGUGGCGUGAACAUGCUUCACUAGGGCUGCAUGCACCUGGGGAAGGGGGGAUAUGGAAUGGGGGGAGGGGGGGUGUGGAAUGGAGGGAGGUGGUAGUGUGGGACCUAGGCGUGCUGUACAAGGUCUACAUGGCCAUGCUCGGGCGUUCAUGGGGUGCUCUACAAGGCGUUCAUGGGGUGCUCUACAAGGCGUUCAUGGGUGCUCUACAAGGCGUUCAUGGGGUGCUCUACAAGGCGUUCAUGGGGUGCUCUACAAGGCGUUCAUGGGGUGCUCUACAAGGCGUUCAUGGGGUGCUCUACAAGGCGUUCAUGGGUGCUCUACAAGGCGUUCAUGGGGUGCUCUACAAGGCGUUCAUGGGGUGCUCUACAAGGCGUUCAUGGGGUGCUCUACAAGGCGUUCAUGGGGUGCUCUACAAGGCGUUCAUGGGGUGCUCUACAAGGCGUUCAUGGGGUGCUCUACAAGGCGUUCAUGGGGUGCUCUACAAGGCGUUCAUGGGGUGCUCUACAAGGCGUUCAUGGGGUGCUCUACAAGGCGUUCAUGGGGUGCUCUACAAGGCGUUCAUGGGGUGCUCUACAAGGCGUUCAUGGGGUGCUCUACAAGGCGUUCAUGGGGUGCUCUACAAGGCGUUCAUGGGGUGCUCUACAAGGCGUUCAUGGGGUGCUCUACAAGGCGUUCAUGGGGUGCUCUACAAGGCGUUCAUGGGGUGCUCUACAAGGCGUUCAUGGGGUGCUCUACAAGGCGUUCAUGGGGUGCUCUACAAGGCGUUCAUGGGGUGCUCUACAAGGCGUUCAUGGGGUGCUCUACAAGGCGUUCAUGGGGUGCUCUACAAGGCGUUCAUGGGGUGCUCUACAAGGCGUUCAUGGGGUGCUCUACAAGGCGUUCAUGGGGUGCUCUACAAGGCGUUCAUGGGGUGCUCUACAAGGCGUUCAUGGGGUGCUCUACAAGGCGUUCAUGGGGUGCUCUACAAGGCGUUCAUGGGGUGCUCUACAAGGCGUUCAUGGGGUGCUCUACAAGGCGUUCAUGGGGUGCUCUACAAGGCGUUCAUGGGGUGCUCUACAAGGCGUUCAUGGGGUGCUCUACAAGGCGUUCAUGGGGUGCUCUACAAGGCGUUCAUGGGGUGCUCUACAAGGCGUUCAUGGGGUGCUCUACAAGGCGUUCAUGGGGUGCUCUACAAGGCGUUCAUGGGGUGCUCUACAAGGCGUUCAUGGGGUGCUCUACAAGGCGUUCAUGGGGUGCUCUACAAGGCGUUCAUGGGGUGCUCUACAAGGCGUUCAUGGGGUGCUCUACAAGGCGUUCAUGGGGUGCUCUACAAGGCGUUCAUGGGGUGCUCUACAAGGCGUUCAUGGGGUGCUCUACAAGGCGUUCAUGGGGUGCUCUACAAGGCGUUCAUGGGGUGCUCUACAAGGCGUUCAUGGGGUGCUCUACAAGGCGUUCAUGGGGUGCUCUACAAGGCGUUCAUGGGGUGCUCUACAAGGCGUUCAUGGGGUGCUCUACAAGGCGUUCAUGGGGUGCUCUACAAGGCGUUCAUGGGGUGCUCUACAAGGCGUUCAUGGGGUGCUCUACAAGGCGUUCAUGGGUUGCUCUACAAGGCGUUCAUGGGGUGCUCUACAAGGCGUUCAUGGGGUGCUCUACAAGGCGUUCAUGGGGUGCUCUACAAGGCGUUCAUGGGGUGCUCUACAAGGCGUUCAUGGGGUGCUCUACAAGGCGUUCAUGGGGUGCUCUAUAAGGCGUACAUGGGGUGCUCUACAAGGCGUUCAUGGGGUGCUCUACAAGGCGUUCAUGGGGUGCUCUACAAGGCGUUCAUGGGGUGCUCUAUAAGGCGGACUGCUGUUCAGUCCAGCAUCUGGCAAGUGCUGCUGUUCAACAUAUGGCAGAUAGGCGAGCUGCCGGGCUUGAAGCUGCCACUGCAGCCGGACAUGCAACAGGCGCACCUCUUCUCCAUCUACCUCAUCCUCCCUCUGCUUGCAUGCACUCUCGCUCUCCUCGUCUUCAACUGGUACCCCUCGCAGGUCUUUGUGGGCGACACCUUCACCUACUUUGCUGGAAUGACACUCGCUGUGGUCGGCAUUCUAGGCCACUUCAGUGAGACUCUUCUGUUGCUCUUCCUCCCUCAGGUCAUCAAUUUCAUCUACUCCAUUCCCCAGCUCUUCAAGUUCGUGCCGUGCCCAAGACAUCGCCUGCCCAAGUUUGACCCGGCCACGCACCGCCUGACGGGCAGCAGCGACCUCAACCUCGUCAACCUCUUCCUGCGCCUCUUCGGCCCCUGCACAGAGGAACACCUCUGCAUCCGCCUGCUGCUCUUCCAGGUACUCCCUGCCCUUCCAGGUACUCCCUGCCCUUUCAGGUACUCCCUGCCCUUCCAGGUACUCCCUGCCGUUCCAGGUACUCCCUGCCGUUCCAGGUACUCCCUGCCCUUCCAGGUGCCGCAUGCUUUGUCAGGAGCCCCAUUGGCAGCUCUAGCUAAUGUUGCUGUCACAGGUCCCUUUGCUCUCCUCUGCUUCACAUUACUCACCCCCUUCGUGUUUGCUCCCCUUUUCCCUCUCCCACCCGGCGCUCACCUCUCUCGCCGCGCAUUCUCCUGUCGUUGGAGCCUCUCUUUACUUUCCCUCCCUCUUGUCCGAUGCAGGUACUCUCUGCUCUCCUUUGCUUCUCUGCCCGCCUUGUCCUUCAAGGGUGGUACAAAUGAGGCAGUGCACUCAAACUACACCACUUUGUGA